AUGGCAGUUCCUUUAUCAUCUGAUUAGUUAUAUAAAAAUAGAAUCAAAAUUUUUAAAUAUCAAAGUUAAAAAGAUCGUCCAUUGUUUCCAGGAUCUGAUAAUGGAGAAUUCUUGUAGCAAUCUGAAGCAAGAAAUAAAGAAACAGGUAUAAUAAAAUAUAAAUUAGAUUAUUCACAAAUUUAGGAUUUGUAAAUUAUGAAGCGUUAGAAUGUUUUGUCUCAUUGGAUUAGUUGGAAUAGUUAAUUGAAUUGCGAAGAUGGAAUUUUAUAUUAAAAAUAUUAAUUUAAUUUAUAAAUGAUUUUCAGAAUGUUUAACUUUAUGAAUUCUCGGAUGGAUGAAUUCAUAGAAGAGAAGAAGGACAUAAAAUUAAUAUUGGAUGAAUCGUUGCUAUUGUAAGAUCUGUUGAUGCCAUAAUAACAAUACAAAUUGCUGAAUUAGUAAUGAUGGAGAUGAUUCAUAGCGUCAAGGACCAUCCUGAGCAUUUGGAGACACUGAUAGAAUACAUCACAGAAUAUAAAGAUGAGACUUACCAUUAGAGAUUAUAAUAUAAGUAUGAGUGUAUUGAAGAUGCAAUUAGAUAUCCCUUUUUAGCAAGUGAGAUCCUGAGUAAGGAGAAUGAUUUCUUUCAAGAUUUUCUUUUUGAAGAAUAGAAUCUGCAUCACUUGAAUAGAUUAUUUUCUAUUCUGAAUGAAGACAUCCUAAAUAUCACAUAAGCAGGCUACUUCUCAAAAGUAAUUCUCACUUUGUUGAGGAAAAAGCAUUUGAAAGUAUUGGAUUGAAUAUUACAGUAGAUGUUGCAAUAUUUAAACGAGAGAGAUAUUUCUAAUCUUCUUAAACAUAUUGAUAUUCCACACAUUGCUGAAAUCAUAGAAAAAAUUUUGAUCCCAGAUAUGAAUGAUGACAACCAAUUACUGGAAAAACAAAAAUCAGUGUUACAAAGAAUCAUGAAGAUUGCUCUGCAUCGCUAUUACGAAAAUGAAGUAUAUUCCUGCUUCAAUCUAGGUUUUUGACAAUUGCAUACUAAUCAUCAAUAAUCUUUUAAAGAGCUCAAUUAAUCCAGAUCAUGAAGAAUUGAUUAAAUUAGUUAUGAACCCAUACUUCUUUCUCACCAUCUGCGUAAAUAUCAUCUCUAUAUAUUUUUUAGUACUAAAGUCAAAGAACUGCAGCAUAUGAAUUAGUAUUUAAUCUACUGUAAUAUAUUAAUAAUUCAGGCAAAACAGAUUUCUUCCUUUAUUUCAUGGAUGUAGCUAAACAUCUUCCAAAUGAAUUUACCAUUUCUAAUUUAUUAGCUAUACCUCAUUAAACUACAUAUGGCUAAACUAUCACUCCCUUAUCCUCUAAUAAAUUGAUAUUACUCCAAAUAUUUUACUUACUACUACUUAGUGAGAAAUAAGAAAUUAUAAUGGAAUUAAUAAAUAAUCAAUCCUUCCAAAUCAUCACUGAAGUUAUUUUAUAACAUGAAUUUAACAACCAAGCUCUCAUUUGGUUUGAAAAGAUUGUGAUCUUCAUUUCCUAGAAACUUCCUAAUAUGUUCAAAUCAAUUUCAGAAUUUUUAGCUUAAAUAAUCUUAAAAUACAACAAAAAUGAAAAAAAAAAAGUUGGAUCUCUUAAACAUAAUAUAAAACCGGGUUAUUAGGGCAUUUUAACAAAAAUUUCAAAUUUACUCGUUGAAAAUCAUUUCAAUAAUUAAGUUUGGGAUCAAUAUGUUGAUGAUACUUUAUCUAAAAUCAAUUCAGUAGAGAAGAGAUUAUUAUGUGACGUUGAUCCAAAACCAAGACAAAUGCCAUAAUGUAUUUAGGAUUCAGGUAUAAUUGAACACACUAAAGAAAAUGAUGAUAGAGAAGAAGAUGUAGAAGUAGAAGAGGAAGAUAUUCCUGAGGAUGAUAAUAAUAAAGAAAAUGAAAAUGAAGAUUAUGAAAAAGAUUAGGAUUAAGAUUAAGAGUAAGAAUAAGAAUACGAAGAGAAGUUUUAUGAUUGCAAUGAAGAAGGACGAUUAUAAUAGUUAGAAGAACUUCAGUAAAUCUAAUAAGAAGAACCAAAAGUAGAAAAUUUUGUAUCUAAGUAUAUGUAUAUCUUGACUUAGACAUAAAUCAAGUUCAGAGGAGUAGGAAUUGAUUGACGAAUAGAUUGAAGAAAUAAUUUCAGAUCCAUAAACAAAACCAGAAUAAGGUAUUAAAAUUAUGAUAUGGAUUAGUCGCGUAAAUUAUUCAAAAUGAAGAAGUUCUUAUUGAUGAGAUUGGUCCUGUGGAAUUAGAAAACAAAUAGGAUCAUUAAGUUAAUGAAUAUUAUAAAAAGCAUGAUGAUCCAUAAAAUGAAGAAUGAUAUAAAAUAG